CUGCUUUUUCAUUGGACUUUAGGAACAAACUAUUUCCUGUCUGCUCAUGUGAUGAGCAUAUUGCGUUGACAACCUGAGUGGUCAUGUCCAGCAGGUACCCGAUAGUGGUGCAGGGCGAGGCAUCAGAAACAGACUCCGAUGAUGAGGUUUACAUCACCUCCCUGCCAGCUCCUCAGGCGGCCAUUGCGGGAGCCAAGGUUCAAGGGGAAGCUUCUGAAACGGAGAGCGAGGAUGAAGGGGAGACGGCGCACCGAGGUUCUGCACUGAAUCACGAAAGUGCUCAGAUACUCAAAAGAGAUCUACCUCCACUUAUUGUUUUGAGAGAUCACCCUGAUAUACAAUCAGUUGUGGAAGACAGACCAAGCCCUACACAUAAAACUUUUGGUGAUACAUUAUUACAGCAGAAGUUGCAGGAGUCGAACAGCCGGCUCUAUUCCGAUGUGGGACAGAUGUUGCGACACGUUUACGGUAGUGCCAGUAAAGAGGUACGCAGUGCAACAGCACAGCUUAACACAUCACAGAGCGCCAUCAUCAACGCUUCCCACAGCAUCCGUCUGAUUUUGGAUGACCUGAAGGCCGUGUCUGAGAAGAUUGACAUUAUCACCAGCUGUCAGAUAUUACCUGAGAUUAAGAUGAGUCAUUCAGAGAAGAAAAGCAGUCCUGCAUCCUGAUGAAAAGAAUAACUACAGAUGUUAUGCAUUUGAGCUAGUGAAACUGUUGAGCAGCUUGAUUGGUUUGCUUAUCUUGUUUGCCAAGGGCAUCUAUUAUUAUUAUUAUUUGAUAUGAAUUGAUGCUGAUUGGAAUAUUUAUUUAAUAAUCUACAGUAGCUCAAGCAUUCCUUAAAUAACAGUAGUUAGACUCUAACUGCAGAUCUUUUUCUGUGUACAUUGUUAAAUUAUUUUUUAUUUUAUGCAUCAUGCGAUAACAUUACCGGUAUACAAUGUAAACUUGAAUUCAUAUAAAGACAUAACAAAUGUAA